UACUGACUGACUGACUGACAGCCCUGUCACACACACAGUCAGACCAGUGAACAAUAAGAGACACCAGGGCUUGACUCCACAGUACUUGGGUUUAGAGAGACUGUUGAAGAGGACAAGUGGCAACUGCUGGAGAUUUGUCUAUUGGGACAGUGCUUUGCGUCUCUAACAAGGCGUGCUGGAUAGCAGAGGAGUCUUCAUGAUACACAUUGAACGGGGAAAACAAAGCAAAAGCAACACAAAAAAAAAACUCUGUGGGGAGGUCUCUCUCUCUCUCUCUCUCUCUCUCUCUCUCUCUUUUUAUCACAGAAUUUCCUAGGUCCGGUUCGUGCUGUCUGGGAUAAAUGAUCACUUCAACCAGGCGAGUGUCUCCUGACAAAUCUGAAGUUAGAAUCGCCUUCAGCCUUGACCAAGACUCAGAGUUAAAAGAUGUGGAGGAAUCGGCUCCGUCUUUCCCUGAUCUGGAACACAGACUGCAGCCAGUGCCUCCCUGCUCCUCUCUGAGAGAGUCAGUCCAGGUUUACAGGGACCACUGUAUGAUGGCCAAGGAGUUCCACCAGGUCAAACACCAGAUCUCGCUGCUAGAGAACCGCAAGCGUGAACUGCUGGCAGAGCUGGUGGAGGAGGAGUUUGUUGCCGUGGAGAUGGUCUGUCUGGAGGAUGAGUUCCGUGUCCUGUCGGAGGAGAACGCCACGCUGCUCAACGUCCACACUGAGCGCGCUCAGCAGCUGGAGACGCUCAGCUCCACCAAUCAGAAUCAGACAAGCCAGGACAGCUCCGCCACGUGACCCCUGAAUUCGACUUGACCCCAAGAGAGACGAUGACCUCGCUCGAGACCUUCCAACUGACGCUACGGCCCGUAUUCCAAAAGUACUGAUCUUGGAUCAGUUCCCUUCUGUUCAUAUAUUAAUAUUUAUUAUGAUCUAAAAUGCCAAACUGAUCCUAAAUCAGCACUCUUUUUGGAUAUGGGCCCUGAUAACAUUACUACCGGUAGCUGUCAAGUCCUUGUUUCCUCUGUCCUUGUUUCCUCUGUCCUUGUUUCCUAUGACUUUGUUUCCUCUGUCAUUGUUUCCUUAUCUCCUUUCUAAGAGCAUUGGAGAAGAGGAUACAAGGUCCCUCGCUUGGACCUUCUCUUCCAAUGCACUUUGAGGGGAACUAAGGACCAGGGUUGGGGCCAAUUCCAUUUCAAUCCCAGUCAGUUCAGGAAGUACACUGAAAUUCUAACUCAAAUUCUCUUCAUUGCGUUUCAAUGAGCAAAAUCUGGAAUCGGAAUUUGGUUUUCUUUCUGAAUUGAAAUGGAAUUAACCCCAACCCUGCUAAGGAAACAAGGACAGAGGAAGCAAGGACUUAGUAGUAGUAGUAGGCUCUGUGAGUCUCUGGGCUUGUGGAGACAUACAGGUGGUGUGAUGUGGUCCAAAAUGUUUUCAGGGGGGCUCCCCCCCCCCCUCUCCCCCUUUCCUCUCCCCUCUCUUCCUCAUCCUCCUCCCCUCCAUGCAAGGACCUAAGGGAUCCUGUCCUUGUUAUUAAAAGGAGGAGUGGGCUAGUCAGAAUGACAAUGUGCUGGUUUUUAUGGUAGUUCCCUGUAGAGCGUCUGCUAAAUGACGUAAAUGUAAAUGUAAAUGUAGUAACUGCUACUAGCUGUGGUGAGGAAAACACUAAUGACAAUGACGCACUCUGUAUGUGGCACA